GCCUGGCGUGCUCCGGCCGGGACGCAUUGAACCGCGCGGCGGGUCGUAUGGCUCCAGCGAGUCAGUUUUGUGAGCGGAGCUCGUCGAUCUCGUCCGAGGAAUUCCCAUGUUUGACUUGAGCGGUCGCGCGCUGAGUGGCCUUUCACAUGCGGCGAAAUCCGCCUUCUCUCGAUGGGCUCAGCAGGAUCGUCACAUGGGCAUGCUUGAGCAGCCCAAGCGUGGUAUUAUUAAGUGGCAAAAAAAACGCAGUCCUCCCGUACGCUGCGACUUCUUAAAAGGAGACGCCUGCCCGACGACAACGCUGCCGC